GGCAGUUGGCGCCUAAAAGUUAGAGUUCUUUCUUUUCCGGUGAUAUGAAAGAAAGAGGAGUUUUAUGAUAGAAUUUUCGUCAUUUUGAACUGCUUUGCUUGUGAUGGAGGAAGCUCAAUUGGAGCCUUCAAAACCCUCUGAAAUUUUGACGCGUUUUCCUCAUUACCGUCGAUCACAUUUGAAGAGUGGGACUUAUCAUACCCUUGUUCGUAUCCUAUCCCACUGCAACAAUGAGUGCAGUCUACCUGGCACAAUAGGAAAUCAUGCUGCUUCUCCAGAGCUAAAAAAUCAUACCAAUGGCAUCGAUAGAUUGGGGCAAGAAAACAGGGAAAGGGAGCCUCAGAACUUGCAAUUUUCUGGUAUUGAUCUUAUGAAUCUCAAGCAUCCUGUAUGCCACCGGGGAAAACAGGUUCUUGAGAACUCUAGUGGUAGGGAGUUUAUAAUGGGAGUAGAGGAAGAUGUAGGCUCUGCUGGGAGGCAGGAUAUGAUGAUUUGGGAAAGUGAAAGUGUUGAGGCCUUGUCUAUGAGAACUAAUGGUUUGAAUAAGGAACAGAAGAAAAUAGAAGAGUCGAAUCAGAUAGCGAAAGGAACUGAAAACCUUGUUGACAAUGGCUCAAUUCCUUUGAACCUGAGAUUAGGUGAAAACCAGAAUGGAAGCAGUGAAGUUGACUUGAUCGAUUACCGAGUGGAGCAUGCUGAAUUUAGGAGAUCCAAUAUCAACACAUCUGGAACUGAAAGCCAGUUAUGUAUAGAAGGAGAAUUUAAUCAAAAUAUCUCCAAAGGCUUUGAUGGAUCUUUAAUUGCUAACAAUUCAACAUCUGAAACAAAGGAAACCUCCGUACCUGAAAUUAGUACUUCAAGUACAGGGCAUGAGACACAACAAAAAGAAAUGGAAUUAGUGGAACCACUUUGUGAUGCAAUGGUUUCUCUGCCUAUUAUUGAAGAAGGUGAGUUUGAGAAGGAAGAACGUGGUCAAAGGGUUCAUGUAGCAACACAGCUUUCUCUAGAUGAUGGUAUGGAAUAUAAUGACCUGUUGAAUUUUAGUAUUGAGCUCGAGAGACUACAAAAGGAAAUGGAAUUGGUGAAACCUGUUUCUGCUGCAGUUGUUUCUUUUCGUACUGCUGAAGAGGGUAAGUUUGAGAAGGAAGAACAACGUGGUCAAAAGGCAUGUGAGGCUAUUCAAUUUUCUGUGGAUCAGGGUACGAAUAAUGAAGAAUCAAAUUCAAGUGUAAAGCAUAAGAAACAAAAAACGGAAAUGGACUCAGCAAAACCAGCUUGUGCUGCAAUGGUUUCUCUUCCUACUACCAAAGAGGGUAAGUUUGACAAGGAAGAACAACACGGUCAAAAGGCUUCUGAAGCAAUGCAUGUUUCUGUAGAUCAGGCUAUGAGUAGUGAAGCAUUGAUUUCAAGUAUAAAUCCCAAGAGACAACAAAAGGAAAUGGAACUGGUGAAACCUGUUUCUGCUGCAAUUAUUCCUCUUCCUACUACUGAAGAGGGUGAGUUUAAGAAGGAAGAACAACAGGGACAAAGGGUUCCUGAAGCAAUGCAAUUUUCUAUGGAUGAGGGUGUGAAUAAUGAAGCAUCAAAUUCACAUAUAAAGCAUGAGAAACAACAAAAGGAAAUGAACUCAUCAAAACCAGUUUGUGCUGCAAUUGUUUCUCUUCCUACUACCAAAGAGGGUGAGCUGGAGAAGGAAGUACAACAUGGUCAGAAGGUUCCUGAAGCAAUGCACAUAUCUGUAGAUCAUGGUAUGGAUAUUGAAUCAUUGAUUUUAACAAGAAAGCCUAAAAGCCAACAUAAUCCAAUGGAAUUGGCGAAACCUUGCUGCACUGCAAUCGUUUCCCUUCCUGAUAUUGAAGAGGAUGAACUUGAGAAGGAAGAGCAUAAUUGUAGUGAUGGUUCCAAAUCCACUAAGACAUAUGUAAGGAAGAGUAAGAAGAGGGAUUUGGGCCUCUCGGACAUAGAGCCAUCAGGUAGAAAGGUCCCUGAAGCAAUGGACUUAUCUGUUAAUCAGGGUAUCAAUGGUGAAACAUUGAAUGUGGGCAAAUAUAGUGAAGAGAUGUGGUUCAUGGACAUUGAUAUCUUGGAUGCUAAACAUGAAAUGCAGCAUGAAAAAGAGCAGCCAGAAAAAAUAACUUGUGUAAAUGGUGCAAUAUUUUCCGAUCAUCCAGAUAAGAAAGAAGGCAUUGAAGAGGGAGAAAUUUCAGGUGACUUUAGAAUGGAUGAGAAUUCAAUUGAUACGUCUUCUGCAGAUUCCUUGAUGAUAGAACAGAGGGAACAUGAUGUACAAAAGCCCAAACAUGUUUUUGAAAAUAUAGUAUUUCCUUUUAACAUACAGAAAGAAGAAAAAGAAAAACAAUAUGAAUCAACUCAAGAUAACAGUAGACUAAUGGAACCUAGGAAAAGUGAUAAAAAUGGGCUUCCAAAUGGAGUUGACUUUGGAAUCUCUCGGGAAAUUGUUGAUUAUGGAGAUUUAGUGGAGCAUGGUUCUAUAUCGGUUACUGGAAAAAGUGAAGACGGGGGAAUUAAAGGUGUUGUUGGCUUGCCACCCACUUUGGCUAACAAAGAAGUCUCGCCCGAAGAAGAAGCCACUGAUGAUCAUCAAAACACAUCUGCAGUAAGGCAGAAAGCUGGCAUCAGUUGUAAGAAAAAGCGUGGUCCUGUUACUGAGGAAAGGAAGGCCAAAAAGAAGGAAAAGAAAAGAAAGAAGCGGGCAGAAAAGAACAGAAAACUUGGGGUUAAAAGGUUGAAGCUGCAGCCAGUACAGAAACCAAAAACUAUCACAUAUUGCCGACAUUAUCUCAAGGGAAGGUGCCAUGAGGGUGACAAGUGCAAGUUCUCACAUGACAUAGUGCCUCUGACAAAAUCAAAGCCGUGCUGUCACUUUGCUCGUCACUCUUGCAUGAAAGGUGAUGACUGUCCAUUUGAUCAUGAGCUUUCCAAGUAUCCUUGUAGCAAUUUUGUGAGUAAAGGAUCUUGCAGCAGAGGGAAUGCUUGUAUGUUUUCACACCAGAUGCCAACCAAACAAGAUGUUGCUACAUCUUCAAAUGAUAGCAAAGCUGAGUUGGAGCCUAAACUAUUAGGAAAUGCAAACUUAAGCAAGCCGCCUAAUAUCAGCAGCAGCAGCGCUUCUCAGCAAAAACAGAUCUCUGAUUCAAAAGGAAUUCAAACUCACUUGAAUUCAGAAAAAGAGGUGACAGACACUGUAAAGAAACCACCGACAAUGGCACCUAAAGGAAUUAGUUUCAUCAAUUUUUCAAAAUCAUCAUCUCCAAAACAAGGAAUGGUAACGCCAGACAAGGGAAAUUCUGUUCAAAUUGGGACCCGUUCUAAUCAAAGUGCAUCGGGCACAGCUUUAAACUCGAUGAAUCCUGGGAAAACGCCAGUAGGGGUACCUAAAGGAAUUAAUUUCCUUUCAUUUGGAAAAGGUCGUAUUUCCGAUUUCAAAAGUACUGUUUGCUCCUUUCUGAAUAAGGAAAGUGGUAUCAAGUUGUGUCAGAAAGGAAGUUUAGGUACGCCUGAACAAGCAUCUCUAGAGAAGGAUGAUGGCAGUAAAAUUGGCAUUGGGCUGCAGACUGCUGUGUGCUCAAAUGAGACUUUAAAGGAAAAUCAAUGUGUAGCGGGGAAAAUGGAUUUGGGUUUCCAAGGAAAAGCUUCAAUACAUCGUUAUAGUAAUGGUGUUCAAUUUAGCUCAACCUCUCAUCAUGAUCACAGUCUUAGUAGAUCAGUGCAAGAGGGAACAAAGGCAUAUACUCCUCAGACUUCAACUCUGACCUCAUCUAUGUUUCCAACUUCUCCAUUUAUUUCAGGUCAAUCUUCAGAACGGUUAGCACCUGGACAUCAUAAGCACGUAUAUAACUCUGCUCAAAGGGCACUGUUAUCAACUCUAUCAUUUGCAGCAGAGCACGAGUCCAAUAUUAAGCUAAAGUCCCCUUUUGGUGCAUCAGCUGUGAAAUUAGAGAUGAACAAGGAUGUAUAGCAGUUCAUAGAUCCAAUAAUGUCUGGGAGUGCAUGAUUGGGAGUUCAUGAUUUCAAGUUCAUUUGCAUGAUUUGGUAUAACAGAGAAGUUCCAAGCCACCUAUCGCGUGGUCGAGUGGAUGAUAAUCCGAGGGUUGUCGAGUGCUGUUUUCUUCUGUAAUAAUUUCUUGCUGCUCAUUGCAGGGCUUGCAGAUCAUUAUGGCAGCAAAUUUGAUGAACAAUUUCCCCCACUCUUCUCAACAUGAGAUGAAUGAAAAUAGAUGACAUUGUAGUUUUGCCGCCAGAAAUCACCCGUGGUCUGCAAGAAAUACGGAUUCUGAACGAGGUGAUAAUGACACCACAACGAAGGCAUCAUGAAAAUGGAUGAAGGUUGAUGAAGAGGGAGGUGAAACCAGCUGCAAGACAUUCGUUUCUGCUAAAAUGGCUCAUUCGAGAGACAAAACAAAAACUGAUUUCUUCCAACACUGCGUUAGGGGGGCCCUGAAUGUCGAAGCAGUGCAUGAAGUCAGACUACCGAGAUUUACUCUCAUUUUGAUUGAAAAAAUUGUCGUUUUUUCAACCUUAAUUAUUUGUUUCAGAUACGUUGUUUCACCAAAGGUAAAUUAAUAUGUUCAAUGAAAGGGGUCAAUACUUCUAAAACAA